AUGGCCAUGCCCAGUUCCCUGUUGUGGGCCGUUGACAUUUUUGGGAGGGUUUACACUCUGUCUACUGUUGGCCAGUACUGGGAGCUCUGUAAGGACACGCAGCUGGAAUUCAAACGGGUCUCUGCUGCCAAGCAGUGCUGCUGGGCAAUAGCCUGUGACCAUCAAGUAUACACCUUCGUGUUCUCGGGAGACGUUCCUAUCAGGUACCAGGAAGAAACCUAUGAGAAUCAGCGCUGGAAUCCAGUUGGUGGCUUUUGUGAGAAAUUACUGCCCAGUGACCGCUGGCAGUGGAGUGAUGUGAGCGGGCUAAAACAUCAGCAGCUUGAUAGUUUCACACUGCCUUCACCACACUGGGAGUGGGAGUCUGACUGGUAUGUGGAUGAAAAUAUUGCAGGGGAACCAACAGAGAAAGGGGGCUGGACUUACGCCAUCGACUUCCCUAGCACCUACACGAAGGAUAAGAAAUGGAAUUCUUGUGUCAGACGCAGGAGGUGGAUCAGAUACAGGAGAUACAAAUCACGGGACGUUUGGGCGAAGGUCGCAUUACGUGACGAUCCAGAUCAGCUGCCAGACCCGUUCAAUGACAUCUCCAUCGGAGGGUGGGAAAUCACCGAUGAGCCUCUUGGCCGUUUAUCAGUAUGGGCGGUGUCUUUACAAGGCAGGGUAUGGUACAGAGAAAACGUCUGCCAUCACAAUCCAGAAGGUUCCAUGUGGUCCUUAAUCACCACUCCUGGUGAAGUUGUACAGAUCAGCUGCGGACCGUAUGACCUCCUCUGGGCAACUCUUUGGGAAGGGCAAGCAAUUGUGAGAGAAGGAAUUGAUAGGAAUAACCCUCAAGGCAUUUCCUGGAAUAUUGUGGAGUCUCCAAGCUCUGAAAAUGGGAUUAUGCACGUCUCUGUGGGUGUUGAUGUGGUGUGGUGUGUUACAAAGGAUAGAAAAGUGUGGUUUAGAAGAGGAGUGAACUCUCACAAUCCUUGUGGAACAAGCUGGAUUGAAAUGGUUGGAGAAAUGAUGAUGGUGACCGUAGGCUUAAAUAACCAGGUCUGGGGAAUCGGCUGCGAUGACAGAGCAAUUUAUUUUCGCCAAGGUGUCACACCAAGUGAGCUCAGUGGGAAGACGUGGAAGGCCAUUGUAUGUGGCCGAGAGAGUGACAGAUCUCAGACCGGCAGCUCAACAAGUCUGCUCAGUGCUGGCUGUUUCUUUACUGAUGAUAUUCAGAACCAGUCGAUCGUUCAGGGUGAUGCAGACACUUCCUCUGAUACAGAGCUUCCGAGUGUGCCUGCCAACUCUGCCAGCGCUGCCCCGGUGGGAGCAGCAGUCAGCAGCAGUGGCAACGGCACAGGCAAGCAGGCAGCAGAAAUAUGUGCAGAUUUGACUGUGGAUCCUCCGGACGCUGCUCAAGAAGAAGCCACUGUUGCUUCAGCUAGUAAUGAGAAAGCUAAUCUUGAAAUCCACAAAUCUUCUACAAACCCAAAUCCUUCGGCAGAACUGCAGUGGACAAACAUUGACUUGAAGGAGGCCCAAAAGCAUCCAGUCCUCUCCAUCAGCACCUUUGCAGAAACGUCCAGCCUGUCUUCCCUUGGCAUCUUCUCAGUGGGAGCUGAAGAACAGUACGGAGCCGAUGAGCACCCGCUGUGGGCCUGGGUGUCUGGGGGAGGCUGUCUUGUAGAUCUGCACAGCCCACUGAAAUGGUUCACUGUUCCUUCAGGUUUGUCAUCCUCUGUGCAAUCUCUGUCUCUGUCUAUCACUCCCGCACAGACAGCAGCGUGGCGAAAGCAGAUUUUUCAGCAGCUCAGUGAAAGGACAAAGCGGGAACUGGAGAAUUUUAGGCACUACGAGCAGGCUAUUGAGCAGUCAGUUUGGGUUAAAACCGGGACCUUGCAGUGGUGGAGGAACUGGAAGCCUUAUAAAUGGAUGGAUGUUCGAGUGGCACUUGAGCAGUUCACUGGGAGCGACGGAAUGCACGACAGCAUCCUGUUCAUCUACUACAUGUAUCAUGAGGAGAAAAAGUAUAUUCACAUGUUCCUCAAUGAAGUCACUAUUAUAGUUGAAGUGCUGAAUGAAGCCAAACAUUCCUUUGCACUGUACACACCUGAGAGGACAAAGCAGCGAUGGCCCAUCCGCCUGGCAGCCACAACAGAGCAAGAAAUGCACGACUGGCUGUCUUUGCUGAACAUGUCCUGUUGUGAGAGCAGACGGAUUCAAGGCCCUCCCUCUCACCAUGCCAUUUGGUCAGUUACUUGUAAAGGAGACAUCUUUGUUAGUGAGCCGAGUCCCGAGCUGGAGGCUGGACCACAGCUGAUGCCGUGUGACCAGAUGUUUUGGCGUCAGGUUGGAGGUCAUCUUCGACUGAUCGAGUGCAAUAACAAAGGCAUAGUGUGGGGCAUCGGGUACGAUCACACAGCCUGGGUUUAUACUGGCGGAUACGGAGGUGGCUUCAUUCAAGGACUGGCCAGUAGUGCUGAUAACAUUUACACACAGUCAGAUGUGAAAUGUGUUUACAUCUAUGAAAACCAACGGUGGAACCCAGUGACUGGAUACAGCAGCAGAGGCCUGCCCACAGACAGAUACAUGUGGAGCGACGCAUCUGGCCUGCAGGAAUGUACAAAAAUGAAUACCAAGCCUCCUUCCCCGCAGUGGUCUUGGGUAUCCGAUUGGUACAUUGAUUUCAGUACUUCCGGCGGAACUGAUCGGGAAGGCUGGCAGUACGCCGCAGACUUUCCAGCGUCCUACCAUGGUCACAAGACAAUGAAAGACUUUGUCCGACGGAGGCGCUGGGCAAGAAAAUGUAAAAUAGUCACCAACGGGCCAUGGCUGGAAGUACCUCCUGUGACCCUGUGGGACGUCUCCAUAAUCCCCAGUUCAGAUGCAGAUGAUGAAGAAGCAGUAGCUCUGUGGGCAAUCAGUGACAAAGGAGACGUGCUCUGCAGGCUUGGAGUGACACAGCAAAACCCAGCUGGAACAUCCUGGCUGCACGUGGGAACAGAUCAACCUUUCAUUUCCAUAUCAAUUGGAGCAUUUUACCAAGUGUGGGCUAUUGCUAGAGAUGGUUCUGCCUUCUAUCGGGGUUCAGUGUCUCCAAGAAUACCUGCAGGUGACUGUUGGUACCACAUUCCUUCACCUCAAAAACAAAAGCUAAAACAAGUCUCAGUGGGACGAACAUCCGUGUUUGUGUUGGAUAAAAAUGGCAAUCUUUGGUACCGGCAAGGUAUCACACCAAGCUACCCUCAAGGAUCUACUUGGGAUCAUGUUUCAAAUAACAUCCGUAAGAUGUCUGUAGGGCCCCUGGACCAGGUCUGGGUGAUAGCUGACAAAGUGCAAGGAAGUCACAGUUUGAGCUGUGGGACUGUCUGCCAUCGGACUGGUGUUCAGCCAAUGGAACCUAAAGGCCUCUCAUGGGAUUAUGGUAUUGGGGGUGGAUGGGAGCAUGUUACAGUCAGAGGAAAUGCAACGGUAGCAUCCAGGUCCACUACGCAAGACGCUUCUGAGGAAAACCCUGCAGUACCAAGGGAUUUAGCAGAUGGGAGCGAAGGGAAAACGGAGCACACUAAAACCCCUCUGAUGGUCAGUGAAAGUCAAGAAUUGGACAGAAAUGCUGUUAAUUGUUAA